AUGAGCAGCUCCGAAGAGAAGAACAACGCGACCGCCCCGGAUGAGCGUGUGGAUGCACCAAGUGACGAGUCGACGGGUGACAAGCGUGAUGCUUCCGAUGAUGUGAGUGAUGAAGCUGCUUCGCCCAAGCGCCGUCGCACUACUACUGAAGACGCCAAUGACGAGGAGGAAGAAGUGCAGGACGCCAAUGACGAGGAGGAAGACGCUAAUGACGACGAGGAAGAAGAAGCGCAGGAAGAAGUACAGGAAGAAGCGCAGGGAGAAGACCUCUGUCAGCAAAUGGGACUCUUGGAUGGAUCUCGUCUCGAAGUGGAAUGGCAAUUGGUCAACGACGAUGACAGCAUGACGACCCGAUGGUGGGGCUGCAAACUCUUGCCUCACGAUGGACGCGUGGAAGAUGGGGUGGCGGUCCGUGUGUUGGAGUAUGAUGCUUUGGAGCCUCACUAUCCGGAGCCCUCCCGAGAAGAUGUCCUCUUUCUGAGCAGCGAAAUCCUUAUUUCUCCCGAAAGCCAAGCCGAGUUCAAGUACCGUGUCAAGGAUGUUGUUGUCGGACUCACUAAUGACCAGACACGAGAAUUCGUCACCAACAUUUUGAUGCAAGCUUUCAACCGACAGCAAGCCAGUUUCCCCCAAAUGGAUCGAGCGACGCAAGGUGCUCUCGCGGAAAGCUUUUGCCGGAAAAAGGAAGCAUUGUUGGACGCCCUCGCUGCGCAUAACAAUGGUCCUAUUAUUACUGCCGAUCGCAUUCGCGAAAUUAUGCGUCGUCAAAACUAA